AUGGAAGCAAAUAGAGGGACAGUGAAGGAAGGGGUGGCAUCUAUUGCAUUGUUGCCAAGUGGGUCCAUCUCUGGCCACUUCAUUCAGCUUCCCGAUUCUGUCUGCUAUGGCCUUUAUGGCACAGAAAUAGCAUGUGAAAGAGAGUGCAGCAGGGGGGAAGACUACCGUUUGAUCAAGCUCACUAUUACAGACUACACAAGCACAAAGGAGAAGGAUGUGAUUGUGGAAUGCAGAGGGCAUGAUGCUGCUAGAAUCUGCAACGUAGAUCAUGUUCAUGGAUGGGAAAAGGAUGUCGUUGACAUGGUUGAACCAAGGGAUGGGAAAAACAAAACUUCAGUUUCUUUCGAGUGUGAGACGCUGAAAGCUGACGAAGCAGCUGAGGACCACAUUAAGAAGUUCAUGCCCAAAUUAGUUGGGAUGGAUGCCAUCGUUAACAUCGGCCGGAUGAAAAUUGUUGACCUGGACUUCAAUACUGAAGCCGAGGAGCAGGUUCUGGAAGAUUGUCAUGACUAA